CGAUUCUAUCAUGAUAAUUUACUAAAGAAGCCAAACAUCAAAGAGGACGUUUUUAGACAAACGCUAGUCUACUAAAGAAGAACAACACAUAUACACUCGAAGGAAUCAGUUAUAACAAACUCCUUAGGGCACAGUGAGUGAACAAAUAAUGAUCGUAAAAACUGAAAUUGGAAAAUAAUUCAGGAAAUCGAUUUUUGAAGGAGACUCAAGGACAAACGUUAUGCUUCAGGUUGAAAACACUGUUAGGCAGCCCCUGUGUAAAAUGCCAGUGGAUUAUACUUCAUAUUUGUUGUCGUCAAGCCCACCAGGAUUUGAUUCUAUCUACACACUUAGUCAGCAUUUCAGGGGCACGGGAUUUUUCGAUGAUGAAAGGCCCCAUCAAAGAUUAAAAAACAACUCCAUGAAGCCCAUUAUUGUAAAAUCUGAACAAUUAUUGGAGAACGAAGAAGUCGAAGAGCCAGGAGAUCUUGGUUAUUCUAGUCAACCCGUCUCUCCUACUAGUCUUAGUACACCUUCGCCAUCAAUGGGGAAGAAACAGGUCACGUUUGCCGACGAUAAAGGCCUUGCUUUAGUUGCAGUGCGUGUUAUCGAAGAGUCCCCAAAAGAUCCCCCAAACAUUAAUCCUGAUACUCUAGCGAGCAUAACCAAGGGUGCCAUAGCGACAGUCGCUGAUAUCCCCCCUCUGAAAUUGGACUUUGUACAACCAGCAUCAGACUACUUGGCUUUCAGAUCAAAGCUACAGGAAAAAUGUGUUUCGUUGGAGAAUGCCAUCCUAAACAACUAUAACCUCAUGGGAACUAUAAAAUUGAAAAAUAUUUCCUUUGAAAAAAAAGUGUUUAUACGUCUCACGAUAGAUUCGUGGGAAACAUCAAAAGAUAUUCGAGCAAAAUAUGUGAAAUGUGCGGAUUCAAGCGGUGGAAUCGAUACAUUUUCAUUUGAGACUGAUAUCCCUCCCAACCACAAAAUUGACAAAACAAUUGAAUUUUGCGUUUGCUUCAAAACUGAAAAUGAAGAGUUUUGGGACAGUAAUGGUGGUUGUAAUUACAAAAUUGCAGCUGCCGAUUGGCGAGAACUUAACAAAAAAACUGGAAGCUCAAAUACAACAGAUCUUAACUUCAAAGGUACUUGGACAGAAUUUGCUGGAUGGAGCAACAUAGAUACUGAAGUACCAUACUAUUAACUCUCAUUUACAUUUUUCACAUAUUCUGAAUUCUAAGUGAAAACUGAAUGAAUUGUAUAAGUUUGAAAAUAGUUGAUCUCUGAGCUCAAUUACUGGAAACCUCUCUAUGGUGCAAUUACUUGAUAUGUAGCCUACAUUGACAGUGUUUUGUUCAACAGGAAUAAACAGAUUUUCAAACAUUAAGAUAAACUUUCGAAGUUUACCUUAGCAUAGUAGUACUUAGUUUUGUCAUUAUCACUUCAGACAUUUUUAAAGUUAAUUUGUGAAUUUAUAAUUAAAGUACUUCACUCCAUACAAUGUUAUGAUUCACUGUUGAGUGGAAGUCUAAUGCUGUGUUAAUGUACUUAAAAAAUCAAUAAGAUUAUCUGUCUAGCUGCAUUACCUCAUAUUAUUAUCGUUUCCAGUAUUGUUUAUUCAGUUUACUAUCUAAUUAUUUGCAAUGGUUUAAGAUCAUGGUGUUUGUGCAUGAACACUGCUGCAUUACCUGAACAACUGAUCAAGGGUCAGUUCAGGACACCCCUAGUCUAUGUUACCUAUGUGGUCUUGGCCAUGCUCCUGUGCAAAUGCCAUGACCUCAGAAAACCUUAAAUCCAACUACACAACCUUUGAAUGUUAUCAAAUCAGUAUUAACAAUUUGUUCAUUUCUUAUAAUAUUCUCUCAGGAUUUCUUUGAAUCAUUGUCUUUCAUUAAUUAACAUUUAUUAUGUUCUUCAACAUUUUGUACAUUUAUAAAGGAAUGAAUGUAGAUAUGUUAAUAUUUGCAGUAGCUUAAUGAUAUUCUUGCAAUAAUCUCUUCAGCUGAAGCAAUGAACAAAUUGCACACAAUUAAAGACAUGGGAACAUUUGUGUUUAUAUAUAUACUGUAUGCGUAUUGCCCGACAGUCAAUGAAUUUAUCAUAUAUUCCGAGUAUUAAUCGUAAUCUUGUUUUGUUAUAUGUGUGCUGCAAAAGUUAAAAUACAUAAGCCCUAUACUCAAGAAAGCUAUAGGCUAUAUUUACUAAAAAUGACUGAUUCUGCUUGAAAAGAAAAAAUGUAUAUAUUUUUGUACUGAAGCAUGUAUAAAGGGUGCAAAAAUCAUUACUUAACAUCCCAGAGGGUGUGGCUUGUUGCUAUGUAAUAUGGUGCCACUUAGCAACUACUACACCUCUGGUAUUAUUGAUGUUAAUUAAUGAUUUUUAUGGUUUUGAUUGCAGUCAUAUUGACAUUAGCUUAGCUGCAUCACAUCAAAAUGGAUGUAUAUUUUUAAAUGUGUUUUACCAAAGCUUAGCCUUAAAGCAUGCAACAGAUUGCAUUGUACAAUAUCUGCUAUUGGUGUUAUUGGAAUGCAGUUAUUUGCUGUCGGACAUCUGAAUGAUAAAUAAUGUCAUUUGUCUAGCCUUCGCAUUCAUAUAUCUACCUAUAUAUUUAAAGAUAAGUGGUUGACCGUGAUUACCCUUGAAAAACUAUGUUUAAUAAGAGUGUUAGUCAGUGUGUCACUGACACAAGUUUUAAGCGAUAAAGCUCAUGUAUGAACUCUGAAUAUGGUGGUUAUAAAACUAUCUGGUGUGAUUGGGAGGGAUGUCACUCAAAAAUUAAUAAUGAAGAUAUAUUUGAUUUAAAAAAUAUUUAUCCUUCACUUAUAAAUUAAGUGGAAUCGAAUUAUAAUUUAUAAUUUUAAAUUAGUUUUCGAUUUUAUUUUAUAUUAAUAUUUGAGUAACACUCUAUUCCUUGAAUGUGGUUAUGAAUUUAUAUUUUUAACCAAUGUGUUGAUAUUUUAUUGACAAAGUCAGUUGUUUCACAAAGGUGCAUAUAUAACUAAACACAUGGAAAAGUGUAAGAUUUUAAAUCUGAUAUGUAUACACAUGUACUGUAGUACAAUAUUAUAUUUGAUUUGUUUCUGGAGUUAAUAGAUUCAAAAUAUUUGCAUAAGACUA